ACGACAUCGAGUGACGUGGAAGUUCAAAUUCUGAAACAAUUAGGUGGAACUCAAUAAUAGUGUUAUUUACAUGAUAGAAUCCUAAUAAUACAUUUUAAGGAAUUUCCUUAGGGAGUUCCGACUUUCUAACAUUCAAAAAUGAGCACAUAUGAAGAGUAUAUACAACAAAAUGAAGAUCGAGAUGGGAUUAGAUUUACCUGGAAUGUGUGGCCAUCCAGCAGAAUUGAAGCAACCCGUCUUGUAGUGCCCCUAGCUUGUCUGUACCAACCCAUAAAGGAACGUCUUGAUCUUCCGCCAAUACAAUAUGACCCUGUUUUAUGUACUAGAAAUACUUGUAGAGCCAUAUUAAACCCAUUGUGUCAGGUAGAUUAUCGGGCAAAACUCUGGGUGUGCAACUUCUGUUUCCAGAGAAAUCCAUUUCCUCCUCAAUAUGCUGCUAUUUCGGAACAACAUCAACCAGCAGAGUUAAUGCCUAUGUUUUCUACCAUUGAAUACACAAUUACUAGAGCUCAAUGUUUACCACCAAUAUUUUUGUAUGUUGUUGACACUUGCAUGGAUGAUGAGGAACUUGGUUCCCUGAAAGACUCAUUGCAAAUGUCCCUUAGUUUGUUGCCACCUAAUGCUUUAAUAGGACUAAUAACAUUUGGGAAAAUGGUUCAAGUUCAUGAACUUGGAACUGAAGGUUGUAGCAAAUCAUAUGUGUUCAGAGGUACAAAAGACCUUAGUGCUAAACAGGUUCAAGAAAUGCUGGGCAUAGGCAAAGUUGCUUUAGGUCAGCAAGCACCUCAACAGCCAGGACAGCCUUUAAGACCUGGACAAAUGCAACCUACUGUUGUAGCACCAGGAAGCAGAUUUCUACAGCCUGUAUCCAAAUGUGAUAUGAAUCUAACAGACUUAAUAGGAGAACAGCAGAAAGAUCCUUGGCCUGUUCAUCAGGGUAAAAGGUAUUUAAGAUCUACAGGUGUAGCUUUAUCAAUUGCAAUUGGUUUGUUAGAAUGUACAUAUUCCAAUACUGGCGCUCGAGUUAUGCUAUUUGUUGGAGGACCUUGCUCACAAGGACCUGGUCAGGUAGUUAAUGAUGAUUUAAAACAACCCAUUAGAUCACAUCACGAUAUUCAGAAAGAUAAUGCAAAAUAUAUGAAGAAAGGUAUUAAACAUUAUGAUGCGUUAGCAAUGAGAGCCGCUACUAAUGGUCACUCUGUUGAUAUUUAUUCUUGUGCUUUGGAUCAGACAGGUCUAAUGGAAAUGAAGCAGUGUUGUAAUUCUACUGGGGGACAUAUGGUAAUGGGGGAUUCAUUUAAUUCUUCCCUAUUUAAGCAAACUUUUCAACGGGUGUUUACCAGAGAUCAAAAAAGUGAUUUGAAAAUGGCAUUUAAUGGUACUUUGGAAGUGAAGUGUUCCCGAGAAUUAAAAGUUCAAGGAGGUAUUGGCUCGUGUGUAUCACUUAAUGUAAAGAGCCCCUUAGUUUCUGACACAGAAAUAGGUAUGGGUAAUACUGUGCAAUGGAAAAUGUGCACUUUAACACCAAGUACUACUAUGUCUUUAUUCUUUGAGGUUGUAAAUCAACAUUCUGCUCCCAUACCUCAAGGUGGUAGAGGCUGUAUACAAUUUAUUACACAAUACCAGCAUUCAAGUGGUCAAAGAAAAAUCAGAGUAACUACAGUUGCUCGAAAUUGGGCUGAUGCAACUGCUAAUAUACAUCAUAUUAGUGCCGGAUUCGAUCAAGAAGCUGCUGCUGUAAUAAUGGCUAGGAUGGCUGUUUAUAGAGCAGAAUCUGAUGAUAGUCCAGAUGUUCUUAGAUGGGUUGACAGAAUGCUGAUUAGAUUGUGUCAAAAAUUCGGAGAAUACAAUAAGGACGACCCCAAUUCAUUCAGACUUGGACAAAACUUCAGUCUCUACCCACAGUUCAUGUAUCACUUAAGAAGAUCUCAAUUUCUUCAAGUAUUCAAUAAUUCUCCAGACGAGACUUCAUUCUACAGACACAUGUUGAUGAGGGAAGAUCUUACUCAAUCUUUGAUAAUGAUUCAACCUAUUUUGUAUAGUUAUAGUUUCAACGGUCCACCAGAGCCUGUUUUACUAGAUACUAGCUCUAUUCAACCUGACAGAAUAUUACUUAUGGAUACUUUCUUCCAAAUAUUAAUUUUCCAUGGAGAGACUAUCGCCCAAUGGCGUAGUUUAAAAUAUCAAGACAUGCCAGAAUAUGAAAACUUUAGACAGCUACUACAGGCUCCAGUAGAUGAUGCACAGGAAAUUUUGCAAACGAGGUUCCCAAUGCCGAGAUAUAUUGAUACCGAACAAGGCGGAUCUCAAGCCAGAUUUUUGUUGUCGAAAGUAAAUCCAAGUCAAACUCAUAACAACAUGUAUUCGUACGGAGGUGAUUCUGGAGCUCCAGUAUUGACUGACGAUGUGUCCCUUCAAGUAUUCAUGGACCAUCUAAAGAAAUUGGCAGUUUCGUCUACAGCCUAAUACACAUAAUUAGAAAUAUUUGACAUAAUACAGUUUUUGAAUUCGAUUCUAUAUUAUAUUUUAAGCUUAAUUUUUUUGUAUAUUUAUUCCAUAGAUAUUAUAUAUAUUUGGUAAUGUGAUACAAUAAAUUUGUGUUUUCCAGACCUUGCAAUUUUAAAAGAAUAAAUUAUAAUACCUGUA